AUGCAUACGUUAUUAUAUGAUCUUAAACGAGAAAUCAAACAAUCAACAACAAUGAAAAGCAUAAUUGUUUAUCGGUACCAAAACAUGCUCAUUAGUGAAUUUAAAGAGUUACAAAAUUCGGAAGGUGGUCUUUUAGCCUUCAAUAGUUUCCUGCUCACAAGUAUCGAUGAACAAUCGCAAUUGACUUUUUAUUCAGAUCUAUCAGAAAAUUUGAAUAUAAUUGGAGUCUUGUUCGAUAUAACUGUCAAUUUAGCUAAUCAAUCUACACCUUUUACUUCAUUAGGUUCACUAGUUGAUAUUAGUGAUGCGGAAAAACAAUUUUUAUUUUCCAUCGAUGCUGUAUUUCAAAUCAGUAGCAUAACUCCUAUAUCACAACAGUCGUGGCGAGUUCAACUAACAUUAAUGGAUGAUCAUAAUGGUGACCUAAAGUUUCAUGUGAACCGUUUACAACAAGAUAUAUCAGGGCGAACACCAUGGCACACUCUGAUUCAGUUAUUAAUCAAAAUGGACCACUUAGGUCAGGCCGCCGAAUUUUGUCAAGAAUGGUUUUAUCGCUUUGCUGUGAAUGGUACCAAAGAAGAUGCUGAAGUGUUUUACAACAAAUUAAAUAAAUCACGUAUUAUCUCUCUCAAAAUACCGGAUAAUAAUCAAUCAUCGAUUAAUUAUGAAGUAGAGAAUUUUGAUAAUGAAUUUAAAUUUAUAUCAAAUAUUCUUUCAAUUGAAGACAAGAUACAAUAUCCAAUAAUUUCAAACAAAAUGGCUAAAUUAAUAGUUCCUUUGAUUCACAAACAUUUUUCUGUAGAAAACAUCUAUUUAUACGCAUCAAUUGAUGAUGAGCAAACUUCAAAUGAUUGGAUGAAAUCUUUUCCUAAAGUAAUAGAAUCAUCUUCGACUGAUUUUAAAAAAUUAGUGGAACAAAUUAUCAAUGCAAUCGAUGUUUGGUUUGCACAGCCUUUGGUUUGGAAUCGAUCUAGUAUAUUAUUUUAUUCUAUUGAUUUUCAAUCAAUGUCGAGUAGCCAUAAUACUUAUGUUCAACUAUCAAAAGAUCCUACAUCCAAUGAAUGUAUCGUUAUUUAUCCUAGUCUAGAUCGAUUAUAUCCGAUAAUCAGUAAAUGUAAAUAUGCCCACCAAUUUUCAGCUAUAAACGAUUGUACCAAAUUUAUCGUAGAACGAGACGAAUCAUCCGUAUUUUUUAUUAUUUCUAGUAAUACGGACUUAUUUGAUUAUGAAUCGAUAAUUAAUUUAAAACAAAUUCACGCUAUUUAUUAUUUUAAUGUUUCUAAUGUGAAAUUUCCUAAAAAUACGAAAAAAAUUAGUGGAUAUUUCGAUGAUGUCGAAGAUCUUUUCAAACAGCUUGAUAUUGAUCUUAAAUUUAAUCAACAAAAACAUUUAAAUUUAUCACAUAUUUAUAUAUUUUCUAAAUAUGAUCCCCAAAAGAUACUAAUUUCACAACUUAAUAAGAAGCAAAUUGAAUUUCUUAUUGUUCAAUUAUUCGUUUAUAUUUUAAAUGAAAUACCAUCAUUGACAUUUACAUCAGAAGAAAUUAUAAAUGAAUUGAAAAAUCUACAAAUUGAAUCCGAUGAUAUUUGUCAAGUUUUUAUUGAAAAAUUGAUUAAUGAAAAAAUUGAUAUUUACGAAAAUGGACCAUUAAUUUUGAAGAUUGCAUCACGUUUUGUACAAAAGCAAAGAUUUCAUUCUUUACUGAUGUUAUCAAAAGCAUUAUUUAUGAUGUCAGAAUAUUCAAAUUUAACGAAAGUAAUCGAUUUGCCUGCUUAUGUCUAUCGUGCUGAGAUAUUAUUUCCAAAAGAUUUGGAACUAUUAAAAUCGAAUUGUAAUGCUUUUAUUAACAUUAGUACAAUAUUAUUUGGUACUCGAUCCAUUUUAACAGCACGUCAAAUUGCAAGAACAGCUGCUAACAAUGGUCUUAUAGCAGUUUUAUUUGAAAUUGAACUUCCCAAAGAUUUAAAAGUGUUGAAUAUAGAUAAAGAAUACAUAAUAUUUCCUUUCGGAACAAUUUUUCGUUUAAAUUCAAUAAACCAAGGACCCGAUGAUGUUUGGUAUGCAAAAAUAAAUUUUGCAAACUUAGAUUUUAAACCAAUCAUUGAUUUAUUACAAUAUGAAAUCGAUAUAUCAUUGACUUGGUUAACAUUUGGAAAUUAUUUACAAAAAUUGCAUCGAAAUGAUGAAGCAGAAAAUUAUUUUAAAAUUUUAUUGGAAAAACUUUCCAUAGAUCAUACUGAUCGAUCUUCUAUUUAUAAUAAUAUUGGUUUAAUGUAUACAAUGAUUGGUAAGGAAAAUGAUGCAUUGCAAUAUUUUAAUCUAGCCGAAAAACAUUUCAUAUCGGACAGUGUUAAGAAAUUUAAAAAUAAAAAUAUACCUAAUAUCGAUGAUUCAUCACCAACAAAGUCCAACGUCGAUCGUUCAACAAUAUUGGAACAUAUGGCAGAUAUUUAUUUCGAACAGAAAAACUAUCAAUUAUCUAUUGAAAACUAUGAAAAAGCAUUUGAAUCACGUACUGAUCCGAAUAGACGCGAAAUCUGUCGAAAAAAAAUUUCUCGCGUGUUUACUGAAAAAAAACAGAGUUCUUAA